GCUCAACUGCUAUAUAAUCGGAAACGGAUCACGGUUGCGUUCCCCCGUCUGUCAUCCCUCGGUCGCAAGUCAAACCGCGAAGUCCAAAACUCGGAACCAACCAGACCACCGGAGGCGAUCGAUCGAUGGCGCACUUGGCCGGCGGCGGCGGGGACGAGCUCGUCCCGACGCUCUCCUCGCUGGAGACGGUGUACGGCGCCGGCGAGGAGGAGGAGGAGGAGGCGCGCGUCCGCUUCGGCCGCCUCGGCGACCGCUUCCGGGCCCUCUACUCGGCCAGCCCCGCCCUCUUCGCCCGCUCCCCAGGGAGGGUGAAUCUGAUCGGGGAGCACAUCGACUACGAGGGCUACUCGGUGCUGCCCAUGGCCAUCCGCCAGGACAUGAUCGUCGCCAUCAGCAAGGCCGCCCACGGCCAGGUGCGCGUCGCCAAUGUCGAAGACAAGUACGCCGCCUGCGUCUACCCGGCCGACCCUGACAAGGAAAUUGACAUAAAAAACCACAAAUGGGGCCACUACUUUAUGUGUGGGUACAAGGGAGUAUAUGAGUACGGCAGGUCAAAAGGGAUAGAUAUGGGUGAACCUGUUGGCCUUGAUGUCGUUGUUGAUGGCACAGUUCCUCUAGGAUCUGGACUUUCAAGCUCAGCAGCAUUUGUCUGCUCAGCAACAAUUGCUAUCAUGGGAAUUCUCGAGAAAAAUUUCCCAAAGAAAGAAGUUGCUCAAUUCACUUGUCAAUCUGAGCGUCAUAUUGGGACACAGUCGGGGGGUAUGGAUCAGGCUAUAUCUAUCAUGGCCAAACCUGGAUUUGCUGAGUUGAUAGAUUUCAAUCCAAUCAAAGCAACCGAUGUGCAACUACCACAAGGUGGUACAUUUGUUAUUGCCCAUUGUCUGGCAGAGUCCAAGAAAGCAGAGACAGCUGCUACAAAUUACAACAACCGUGUUGUCGAGUGUCGCUUGGCAGCGAUUGUUCUUGCCAUUAAACUAGGGAUGGAUACAAACAAAGCUAUAUCUUCUGUUACCACCCUCUCUGAUGUUGAGGGGUUAUGCGUCUCUUUUGCUGGCAAAGAAGGUUCUUCUGAUCCUGUAGUUGCUGUGAAGAAGUUACUGCAUGAGGAACCAUAUACAACAGAGGAAAUAGAGAAAAUUGUAGGCAAAAGCUUGGCAUCUGCCUUCGAGAGUUCGCCAACUUCCUUGGACGUUUUAAGAGCUGCGAAGCAAUUCAAGUUAUUUCAGCGUGCCGCUCACGUAUACUCUGAAGCAAGACGGGUAUAUGCAUUCAGAGAUACUGUAUCAUCAAAACUCAGUGAGGAAGAUAUGCUUAAGAAGCUUGGCAACCUUAUGAAUGAUAGCCAUUACAGCUGCAGUGUGCUAUACGAAUGCAGCUGCCCUGAGUUGGAAGAGCUUGUAAAAGUAUGCCGGGACAACGGGGCACUUGGAGCGCGUCUCACAGGAGCCGGAUGGGGUGGCUGCGCAGUGGCCUUGGUCAAGGAGUCCAUUGUCCCGCAGUUCAUCCUCAGUUUGAAGGAGAAGUACUACAAAUCGAGGAUCGACCGGGGAGUGGUCAAGCAGAGCGAGCUUGGCCUGUAUGUGUUCGCAUCAAAGCCGUCGAGCGGUGCGGCCAUAUUGAAGCUGUAGAUCGACCGCCGCCGCCCCUGUAAAUGAUCAAAUAAAGGAAGUGCCUGGGAGGCAAGCCGCGCCCCGGUUCCCUCCCUUAAUUUAGUUUUAUGUAUGAAUGACUGAAAUGUACAAUGUGUAUACAUAUAUAAUUAGUUGGAGUAUUGUUUAUGGAAUUAUGGGCGUCUGGCUAUCAAAAUUAUAUGUACUCUGUUCGUCGAAGGCUGAUAUGCACGACUGCUUUGUUAUA